AUAAGUCUGAGCAACAAGACAAACAAGUAAAAACAACAAAAAGUUAAAAAUUACACGAGUUUAGAUAUUAUGUAUAGAAUUGAUUGUUAGAUUUUAGUACAGUUGAGGUUUUAUCACAAUGAAUCACAGUCAGCACGGAUCAAAUAGAUCUAUGGCGGAGAAUGCGUGUCCUGCGGAGGCCGUGAACCAAUGUGUUAAGUUCUUGGUCUGUCGCGAAGGUAGCAAGAUUCCGAUAAAAAACGCUGAUAUUGAGAACUUUAUUACAUCGGUUAUCCAGACUCCGGUCGAUAAGAAACUUGUUAUUGAAAAAGCGAAUAAAGUCUUAAAAAGUGUAUAUGGCUACAAACUAGUAAAACUGAAAAGCAAAGGCAUACAGUACAUUGUGGUAAUGAAUGACAAGUUGCCAAGUACAUUUGAAGUGCUGCACUCAUCAUACACUGAGCCAAAUCAUCGCAAGAUCUUGAUAGGUGCUCUCACACACAUAUUUAUGUCAGGCGGGACUGUCAAAGAUUCUGACAUGUGGAACUUUUUGGAUAAGGCGAAGUUAUUGGAUAUAAAAGACUUACAGGGACGAAAAAUACUUACACAAACAUUGAGAAAACAGUUGUACUUGGAGCUAAAUAAAUUUGGACCAGAUGAACAGCAAAGGUUUGAGUUUUGUUGGGGACAGAGAGCUGAAGAAGAAAUACCAAAGGAAUUUAUUUUGAACAAAAUGGCCCAAGCCUUCGAUAAGGAGCCAAAUUACUGGAGGGAGCAAUUUAAAAGCACACAAGAACAAGAAAAUGUUCAGUAGACAACAAUAAAAUUAAACACUUUUA